ACGCACCUUGACCUGUAGGUUCACACCUCAGCUAUCACCUGUAGUGUCCAUCCGACGCCCGCUGACCACUACACCGUCUUCCAGCCGAACCAUGAAGGUUGCUGUUGCUCUCCUUUGCCUCUUCGCCGUGGCUUCUGCCAACUACAAGAAGGUUUCCGAACACGUCAAGCCUUUUGUCACCUACAAGAAGGCCAUCAAGGUCCACAAGGUCCCAACCCUCAACUACGUGAAGGUUCCAAGCUAUAAACUUGUCAAGGUUCCAACAGUCAAGGUUGUACCUGUCCAUGGCAGUAAACUGGUGAAGAACGUCGUCCCAGUCCCAGUGAAGGGCUACACCGUCCAGCGUACCGUCAUCGGCGGUGGUCAUUACGGUGGUCUGGGCUAUGCUGGUCUCGGUGGCUACGGUGCUGGCUACGGUCUUGCUGGCGGUCUCCGCAGCUACGGAUAUGGUGCUGGUCUCGGCUACGCUGGCAAGGCUCUUGGCCUCGGCUACGGUCACGGCUACGGCUACGGCGCUGGCUACGGAUACGGCAAACAUUAAAGUCUUUAAGUAAAGAUAUCCCAGUGUUAUGCGCACAAGACAGUAGAAGAUGAUUUACAGCAUUUUUGACCAGUUCAUUUGAAGUAAAUGUAGCAAAACGUCGCACCAGCUUGAAAUAAGAUGAAUAAUUCAUUUAUGAAAUACGUCAUUU